GCUUCAUAUGUCCAAAAGUUCUUACACUUUUGAAGUCUUUCUGUUAGUAGGAUCUGCAAUGUAUCAUCUAGAGUGUGUAUUAAAUGAACAGUAUUCCUGUAGGCUUCAGAGGAAGAAAGGCAACACCCUGGAAAAUUCUGCAGUCUUUCAGCAUUCUCGGCCCUAGGGUGAUAGCCCUGGGCAUGAAGCUGAAUGGAGCUCUUACAACUGCCUUCUGUUUACCUUUUAUGGUUAAAAUAACAGCUUAGCAAAGAAGCAACUUCAUGGAGAAACGAUUCAGUGAAAUCAUCUCAAGCUGUAGCAGCAUAGCUAGUUUAAUCACCCCUAGAGAGCUGAACAACUGUGAGCACAAUGGGACACAAAAUCAUUUUGUGUGUAAAUGAGCAUGGCAUUGUGAUUAUUUCACUUUGCAUGGGCAAAUAGUUUUUACAAGCGGUACUUAUGCAGUUCGCUUAGAAAGGCAGAAAAAGAUAAGCUGGCUCUGAAAAAUCUUGGUGUGUAAUGCUUGGAAAACUAAAUAUUCAGAUAAUUUGGGAAUCAGGCUCUAUUGAUUUUGCCUUUAGCAGGUUCCUGUGUUACUUAUUAGAGCAGGGUUAUUGCUUGUGCCACUAGUAGUGAUGUUAUACCCUUUUGUAGGCAACUAAAGAACAUGGAUUAUUUUACAUGGUUUAAAAAUGAAAAUUGUUAAUGUUUCUUCAGUAUUUACCCUUAAGGUUUUAAUUUUCACAUCAGUAUUAGAAAACACACAAUUCCACAGGAUAAAUACUUUUAAGAUCCAGCUCUGUGGAUAAAAUAAAUAUAUUACUUGAUAUGGUGAAUUUUAGCAGCAUUUUAUAUUGAGCAAUACAUAUAAGAAGAGAGUCAAUAAAAACUGGGAUUAAGGAAUCAAGAAUAUUUAUUUUUAGGAUUAAUGGAAGUGCUUUUUACACGGUUUAGGUAGUGUUUAAGACCUAUGCUCUUUGUUGAUUAACUAAUACAAAAAUCAUUGGCUAUCGCAACUUUAUUAAAUAUUUGGGUUAUUUCAUCAUAUUAAUCUUCUCUAACUAAACAAACCUGUAUUUCAGUUCUCCUGAUUCCCUCCCCUAAAAUAAAAUCCUCAGUAAGUAUGAAAAUCCAUACAAGAUUGUGAACUAUUUUAGUUUUCCAGUGAUUUUCUAUAAUUAAGUGUUUUUUCUAUGCAUACUAUAGCUGAGUGAUUCCAAAAGCAGAGGAUUGUUCAAAAAGUCCCUCCAGUGAAUAGUAUAAAUUAAAUAUCUCUACUGUAUGGGCAUGGCCUCACAGAGAGUCUCAGACAGUUUGCAGAUCAAGGCAUUUGCUGAUGUACUAACAUUAAACAAAAUCAUAAGACAGUAGCAGUGUUUAAAUAUGCACAAAUAGAUUCAGAUCACUUGAUCUUUAGCUUUCUGUGCAUAUUUUAAAAGUGGAGUCUAUUUCAAGACAAACGGUUAAAUGUAAGACUUAUUUAAAGAGAACUACAAGUUCUUUGAUUUCAUUUAGAAAUUGUAGGGGUCCAGAUGAGCCCUAAUUAGGCAUAUUUUUUGUAAAACUCCAUGAGGUGGAUUUCCAAGGCAGGUCUGUAUCCUGCAAGGUCUGUACCUUUAUCAUUAGUGAUAAUAGUUAGGGUUAGAACAAAGAAGGAGUUGACAUUCAGCUCGUAGCUACUGACCCUUACAUUUAAGUGAAGGAGUACAGAAUGAACAUGAGCUUGCAGUGCUCUUUGGUAGAAACACAUCCUUUUCUGUGUUGGUAUACAGAUAUAGCAUCCACAACUAGAGAACAGACUGCUAAAGAGGGAAGAAGCAUGUCCCGUCUGUCUCUAACACGGUCCCCAGUUUCUCCCCUGGCUGCUCAAGGAAUUCCUCUCCCAGCUCAGCUCACCAAAUCCAAUGCUCCUGUGCACAUUGAUGUAGGAGGACACAUGUACACCAGCAGCCUGGCUACCUUGACAAAGUAUCCAGAUUCCAGAAUAAGUCGUCUGUUUAAUGGCACAGAGCCUAUUGUCUUAGACAGUUUAAAACAACAUUAUUUCAUUGAUCGAGAUGGUGAAAUUUUCAGAUACAUAUUAAGUUUCCUAAGGACAUCUAAACUGCUACUCCCAGAUGACUUUAAGGACUUUAAUCUUUUAUAUGAAGAAGCAAAGUAUUACCAGCUGCAGCCAAUGAUUAAGGAACUUGAGCGAUGGAAACAAGAAAAAGAACAAAGGAAACAUUUCCAGCCUUGUGAUUGCCUGGUCGUAAGAGUGACUCCAGAUCUUGGGGAAAGGAUUGCACUGAGUGGGGAGAAAGCUUUAAUAGAAGAGAUCUUCCCUGAGACUGGGGAUGUCAUGUGCAACUCUGUAAAUGCAGGUUGGAACCAAGACCCAACCCAUGUUAUUAGGUUUCCUUUGAAUGGAUACUGCCGGUUGAAUUCAGUGCAGGUGCUAGAAAGAUUGUUUCAGAAGGGAUUUAACGUGGCAGCUUCGUGUGGUGGAGGGGUAGAUUCCUCCCAGUUCAGUGAAUAUGUGCUGUGCCGUGAGGACAGAAGACCACAACCCACCCCAACAAUCAGAAUAAAGCAAGAACCCCUGGACUAGAACCAACCCGUCCUCCUUUGUAACCAUAGAAGUGUUUAAUAGUCCUUUAUGUGAAACACUAAGGAUUUGCAAAACAGUAUUAGCAAACAAAUUGUGACUUUAUGUUGCCAAUUAGUGAUAUUCGAAAACUACCUGUCACAUAGCCAGCCAUGAAACACGUUUGAAAAACAACCUGUUUGUUUUUCAUGAUGAAUAACUGAGCAUGCUCAGCGUACAAGGCUUUGUGGGAAUGUACUUUCAACCGAACAGCUGUGAUGUUGAAAAAGGCAAAGCCUCACAAAGUACUGACCCUUGACUGGGCUUCUGCAGAAAGACCAAUUAAAGCAAUUUGAAUAUGUCAGCUGGAGAAACGACAGUUCUUUUGACAGCACCCCUUCCCUCCUCAGUGAUAUUCUAAGGCAAUGAAACAGGGUCCACCAAAAGGAAGGUGGUACCUUAAAAACUGCACUGAAUAUCUUCCCUGUCUGAAUGCCACACUUCUCUCAUAUCAGAUUUAUACCUUUACACCCCCAUACAUUGUUACGUUUCUGUGAUUGUAACUCAUUUGUGCAAGCAAAUGGCUUAUUUUUAUAAAACAUUUACAACUGAAAUAACUCUGUAUACAGAAUACAAAAUCAGAGAAGGACCAAUUCAUAGUCAUCUGGUGCUUAAACUUUAACCACAACUGAGGACUAGUUGUGGCUAAUAUGUGCAAAAGUAGGGAUUUUUUAAUAAGGCCAUCUGACAUUAAAACAGCACAGCACAGGCCCCAAAUGUGGAGUUAUAGUUCUUUUGAGAUGCCAAUUUUGUUCUCUCUCUCUCUCUCUCUGAGUUUCAACGUUUUACAUCAUCAGUGGAGUGGUGGUUCUGCCAAGCAUUUGCCAAAGCAUCUGCCAUUUCCCUUCGUUAUUCUUUUACUAAACAUACCUAAAACCCAUGUGCAGGAGCAGGUGUUAAAUAUUUCGGACACCCCUUACUCUCCAUGGCCCGGGAAUUUUUACAAAGGAUGAUAAAGCCCCAUAUUUCUCUGUCUGACAGGAGCAGGCCAGGUUUUGUUUAUUUUUUCCUUCUAUUAAUUUUGAACUACUAUUAAAAUACUGAUUUUCUAGCUGCCCUGUAUCUGUAUUUUUUGCUUUAAAGAAGCCAUUUGUCUGUAGGAGGUUACUGUUCCUUUAACAAAUACAGUAUCAACUCUUCUGACUUACGCAGCUUCCUUAACUCAGGAGACAGCACUGUUUGCAGGUGCAAGUAUAUAAAUAGCAUUCUGCUAAAUCCUGUUUACUGCUGUUUAGCAUGAUUGGGUCCUCAAUAACUAAUUCAUGUGUUAAUCACAAUUUAGUUUCUCCCACAGUAAUUUAUAGAAUACUGUUGUAGAUGCUGAAUUUUAAUUAAACUGUUUUUAGAUGCGUAAGUACAGCUAUAUAGAACAAGGUACUGAGUAUUAAGUAGUCAGCAAUAUUUGAUAAUUCUGUUUCUCUAAUGCCAUCUGAUUACUUGGGCAGAAAUUAGGACCUGGAGUUUAAAACAACAUUUUUCAAAAGUGCCUAGUGAUUUUGGGUGCCCAUGCUGGAGACUGUAUGUGGCUCUGAUUUUUAGAAAAUGCCCUCUGAAAAAGCAGGCUUCUUCAAAUUGCCCCCGAUUGGGCACCCAAAAUCACAAGUCACUCAUGAAAAUCUUAGCCCACUGGCCUGCUGCCUUAGCAGAACAGUUGACAGUUAUUUGACCGAAUCUGUCUAAAGAUUUUUAAAGUUAUUUUAUUUCAUGGUUUUGUGCUUGUUUGACACACUAAAUAAAAUUGCUAGGUACUGCCAUAUUGGAAAAGAUGGCACUACGUUACCUUUCUAUGUAAGAUAUCUGUAGAAUUGUAUAUUAUACAUUUAAUAUUGUAAAAAAAUUUAACGUAUAAUUGUCAUGUCUGUGUGUAUACACAUUUCUUAUACAGAACUUCAUGCCAUAAAACAUUUCUGUAAAGUAAAAGAUCAAAACUGCAGCAAGUUGAAUAAACACUCACUUUCUCUCCCACAUUCUUCGAGAGGUAAGAAACUUGGGCUGUAUGUCCACUGGCCUUUGAUUGAGUUCAGCUUAUUGUAGCCAUCUCUUCAAAAACAGUGUUUGUUUAUUAAUUCUAUAGAUUUAAUUCAAAUUCUUCUUAAAGCAUCAGUUUAGCUCCUAGCUUUUACCAUGUAUAUUCCAGUUUUGUAUUCAUUUCCUGAGCAGAGAGAAAUGGAGGCUGGACCCUUGUGUCUGUGCAUACUGUUCCAUUCAUUAACAUUCAGCUAGGAGAGGAAAGUUCUUCUGUAGUUACGGUACAUUCAGGCUUCAGGAGUAUGGGCCAAUCCUGCAGUCCUUACUCAGGCAAAACUGCUGAAAUCAACAGGAGUUUUUGCCUGUGUCCCGGGUUGUAUCAGUAGGAACUGAUAUUAAGCACCUCUUACAAAGGGGUGAGGACUGUCAGCUCCAGUUGAAGUAAAAUGGAAGUUGAAAGGCCCUAUGCUCCUCUCAAGAUCAAGCCCAUAGGCAGAAUGCUUUAGAUGUAUGUAGAGAGCCAUUUGUGGUUUUGUUUGUCUGUUUUCUUCUGUUUGGUGUUCACCAUAUUUUUAUAGCUCAAUAAAGCAGCUACAGUACCGACAGCAGUUUGGUAAGGUGGCAUCAUAAAAGAUUCCAGGCUGCUCCAACUGAGUUAAAUGUGAACUUGAGAUGGAAAGUUUGAGCCAUGACAUCACAACAUUAACUGCAAAACAGCACUGCAGCAAGCAAGACAUAUGGAAACAAUCACUUCGUUAGGAGAAAUAUGCCCUUUUUUUUAAAAAAAGGAAAAGUUAAGCUAGGACAUGUUCUUUUAGUUAGCGACUUCAGGUCACUGAUUUAAUGUUUAUUACAGUUUCAUUUGUAUCUCUUUUACUUUUUUAUAUCCCCAUAUUCUAAAGUAGCAAUAUCAGCAAAAACUGAUGUGAAUUUUUAUUUCUGUCCUAAACCAUAGUAAUACAGCUUGAUUAAGAACAUUGCUCAGUGUCAUGUAAAAGUUUUUAAAAUAUCAUCACAUCUCUAGUAAAACUGUGGUUUGCAGACAGCAAAUGCUUUUAGUUUGAAGGCCGAAAAGUAAACCUACCUUGUUUUUUAAUCUUAAUUUCACUGAACAAAAUUGGUUGGAAUCUCUUUGCUGAGCACUGAAACUGUGGUUUUGAGAACUUCAGUCUUCUCUAGCACUUUUACAUGUACUGUUCUGUGCCACUGUGCUCCCCAGUCUGAGAGAAAAGUGAAAGGAAAAUGUUAUGUUGUGCUUAUUGGACAAGUCUUUAAGAAAGCAAAUGUUGUGUGCAUUCGCUGACUGUAUUUAAUAGCAUCAGGGUUUGUUGACAGUUUUAUUAGAUGUUUGACAAAGAAUAAGGAUCAGCACAACAGAACAUUAAAUACUCCGUUUUAGUAUUUCUUUGUGGGUAUUGUUAAUAUUUUAAUGCAAAAUGUUUUUGAACAGUGCUUAAAAACUACAGGACAAUGUGAAACUGAAAUUAAUGUUUGAUAAAUUAAUACUGUAUGUUGCUCAAAUGUGUUACUUUAGUAAAUUGUUUUAUUUCUUUACAAAAUAAGUACAAAUAAGGAAUUAUGUUUUCACACAAAUUGGGGUAUUUACCAGUAUGUACAGAAAUAAUCAAAAUAACAAUUCUAAUAAACACAAGGUCUUUAUAAACAAUAUGUACACAUCAUCAGUACAUUUAAAACAUAAUUUUACACUCCUUGGCCUUAAAUAUGGUAUGAAUAAUCUUUUGGCUAAAUAGCAGCAGUAUAAAUUUUGUUCUGCUUUUAACAAACCUUAAAAUAUAAUUAAAAUUGUUUUUAAAACUAUUGGACAGAUAGUUCUAUUUGUGCUUUCAGUAUUGUUUCCCAUCCAAAAAAAAAUACUGCCUCAAAAAAGUGGCAAGCAUAAAGGUAGUAAAUUUUUAAAAUAUAAAUAAGCAAAUGCCUCCCUUCAAUCGUUACUGAAAAUACUGUUGUGGCUGAACUAUAACUGGUGUCCACCUGCUUACUGAAUACCAUAUCCAAAGCCUAUUAAGAAGACCCCAUUGGCUUUGGUAACUUAUGCUCCAAUCCAGCAAAGCAGUUAAGCACGUGUGUGUACUUACACCUAUUCACAUGCUGAAAGUUUCACACAUUUAAGUGAUUUUCUGGAUCGGGUCUGAUCAUGCAAGGCAAGGUCAACUCCCAGUGACUCUGUGAUGACACUGAUGACCUUGCAGGAUUAGACCCUGAGGACUUAAUACUGCUCCCACUGACUCCAGUGAAAGCAGGACUGGCCCCUCCAUAACACAACUGGUUUUGACUAUGACUUUAAAAAUCGGUGUAGAAUACUCUCAAAUCUUUACUCUCUCAUUUUUAAAACCACGAUUAGACCACACUCUUCACAGUAAAGUUGUUUUAAAAUAAAAAACCAACUCAGAUUCAUGUUACUAACCAGCUGCUACAAAUGUACAAAAGGUUGAGCAGAUUUAGAAAACUGGAAGCUAUUCAAGAUCACUCAGCUGGGACCUAAAUGCACAGAUUUCAUACACUUAGGAACUGGCUCAGCAAAUGAGUAGUAAAAGCAAAAAUCAUAAAUAUAUAGAAUUUGUGGGAGUGCAGGCUGGCUACUCUUUCAGCUGUGCAAAAAAUUGUAAUUGUAACUAAUCUAAAAUUAUAAUAGGCAUCACUGUGGUUAGUCAUUGAAAACAGUGCUAGUAAAAGUUAAGGAAAGAGAAAAGCUAGCACUGUUAUUGAACAUACUGCUAAUAAAACAAAUACCAUUCUUCGGGCCCAAUCCUACAAACUCUUCUUGCAAGUUGCCCAGUGUCAUCAGUGGGAUGACUUGUGUAAGCAUUUGCAAUCCAGCUCUGAAUUUGUAUAAACUCCCUCUCAUCUACUCAGGUUAGCCUCAUCUAAAAAUGGCCAAACGCCGUAAAACUUCAAGCUCAGAUCGUAUCCAUGGAUUUAACCUCUUUAAAAACCUUUUGCACAUUUUCAUUUCUUUUUUCAUUUUAUGCAAAGGGGAUUUAUUGCAUGUGUCUGACAACUUUGCAAAACCAAACUACUGGAACACUGACAUCUGAAAAAAAUAGAAGGCACAUUCAAAUUACAGAUUUUCAAUGCAGGUUGAGC